CAAAGAGCAGGACCGUGUCUGCGCUGUGGCAACCCUCAAAAUGGAUGCGGCAGAGUUCAGAAAACGAGGGAAGGAGAUGGUGGACUACAUCGCGGACUACUUAGAGAACAUUGAGCAGAGGCAGGUGUUUCCCGAUGUACAGCCCGGAUACUUAAGGACCCUCAUCCCAGAGGAGGCCCCCGAGGUGCCCGACUCCUACGAGGACGUCGUCAGGGACAUCGAGAGGGUGAUCAUGCCCGGGGUGACCCACUGGCACAGCCCAUACUUCUAUGCCUACUUCCCCACCGCCAGCUCCUUCCCUGCCAUGCUGGCAGACAUGCUGUCAGGGGCUAUUGGCUGCAUCGGAUUCUCAUGGGCUGCCAGCCCAGCCUGCACGGAGCUGGAGACGGUCAUGCUGGACUGGCUGGGGAAGAUGCUCAGGCUCCCAGAUGACUUCCUGGCUGGGACCACGGGGCAGGGUGGAGGUGUCAUCCAGGGCACGGCCAGUGAGGCCACGCUAGUAGCUUUGCUGGCCGCUCGCUCCAGGAUUGUCCGGCAGAUCCAGGCCGACGAUCCCGAUCGCACCGAGGCGGACAUCAUAUCCAAACUGGUAGCAUAUUCCUCUGAUCAGGCUCACUCGUCAGUGGAGAGAGCAGGGCUGAUUGCCGGAGUGAGAAUGAAGAAGGUUCCCUCAGAUGAGAAGUUUGCGGUCCGAGGAGAGACGUUCAGGGCCAUGGUGCAGGAUGACAAGGAGGCAGGACUCCUUCCAUUUUAUUUCUGUGCCACACUGGGCACCACCCCGUCCUGCGCCUUUGAUUGCAUCACUGAACUGGGACCCAUAUGUAAUGCUGAGAAAAUCUGGAUGCACAUUGAUGCUGCCUAUGCUGGAAGUGCCUUCAUCUGUCCCGAAUUCAGACCUUUUCUCAAUGGCGUAGAGUUUGCAGAUUCCUUUAACUUCAACCCUCACAAGUGGCUUUUGGUGAACUUUGACUGCUCAACCAUGUGGGUGAAGAAGCGAGCUGACAUCAUCGGGGCUUUCAAGAUGGAUCCCCUGUAUCUGAAGCACGAUCACCAGGAAUCAGGGCUGGUCACAGACUACAGACACUGGCAGAUCCCGCUGGGCCGCAGGUUCCGCUCUCUGAAGAUGUGGUUUGUGUUCCGCUUGUACGGGCUCAAGGGUCUGCAGGCGUACAUCCGAAAGCAUGUAGGGCUUGCCAAGGAGUUUGAGAGGCGGGUUCGAGAGGACCAGCGUUUUGAAAUAUGUGCAGAUGUUGUUUUGGGCCUGGUCUGCUUCAGACUAAAGGGGUCAAACGAGCUGAACGAGACACUCCUAAAACGCAUAAACGCCGCCCGCAGAAUCCAUCUGGUGCCCUGCCACCUGGCUGGCAGGUUUGUGCUUCGCUUUGCUGUCUGCGCCCGUACCACAGAGUCCCACCAUGUCCAGGAGGCCUGGGCCCACAUUGCCGAAAUCGCUUCUGAACUGCUGCAGGAUAUUCCGCACUGACCACAGGCCAAAUGGGGGGUGCUGUCCUUUCUGCACCAUGUUUACAUCUUGAACGUCUGUACUGCCUCCAGCUUU